GGUGAAGAAGAACUCUUGACCAUCAGACUCGUCUGCACGGGCUUUGCUGCCUUGCUGGCCGUGGAGCAAAGUGCGAGCGACAAAAAGGCGGAAUCGCCGACCUCGUUCUUCCUUCCUUCUCCCCUCGACCGUCCAAAUCCAUAACCAGAUCUGAGGAGGCCGAUCGAAGCGAGGCGAAGAAGAUAAUAAAUGAGCGAUAGCGAUCUCGACGAGGACGAGCUCCUCCAGAUCGCGCUCAGGGAGCAGUCGGAAAGGGACGUCAACUACAAGAGGCCAUCGGCCAAGAACUCCAAGCCCGUCGUCAACCUCGUCCGGCCUCCGCCUCCGCCGCAUUUCAUGGAUCAGAGCCAGCCUCAUCGGAAUGUGAACUCGAAUUCCAAUCACCGGGGAAAGCAGUCACCGCCGCAGCAACAGAAGCAGAGGCGGAAGCCUAGCCGUGGAGGGGAUGACGACGACGAAUCGGAGGUCGAGAUGCUGAGCAUCUCUUCGGGAGAUGAGGACUCGUCUAAAGACCGCGUUCCCCCGCAGAGGGGGCGUGGCGGCAGCGACCGUCGGGCGCUCAGGGAUGAUGGCGAUGUUGGGCAGGACGACGAUGAGCCCAGAAGCUGGAAGAGGGUAGAUGAGGCUGAGCUUGCUCGCAGAGUUCGAGAGAUGCGUGAAACAAGGGCUGCACCAAGUACACAAGAGCAAAAAACAAGCACAAUGGCUCACAAGGGGCUCGCACACAUGCAAUCUUUACCUCGGGGUGUGGAAGUUUUGGAUCCACUUGGGCUUGGGGUAAUUGACAACAAAUCAUUGAGGCUUAUUACUGAUGCUUCAGUAAGCUCUCCAAUUUCAAGAGAAAAGGUUGAACCUCUAGAUCCUAGUAUACGAGAGAAAUUAACAUACUCUUCUCCAAAUUUUGACCCCAAGAUCUUUUUGUCACGAGUUCACCAAGAUACAAGUGCAGCUAAUUUGGAAGCUGGGGCCCUUACAUUAAAAACUGAUCUCAAAGGCAGAACUCAACAAAAGAAGCAAUUGGUGAAAGAAAACUUUGAUUGCUUUAUCUCUUGCAAGACGACAAUUGAUGAUAUCCAGUCAAAGCUGACGCAGAUAGAGGAGGAUCCAGAAGGUGCAGGUACUGCUCGCUUGUAUGAAUCCACCCAAAAUAUCAGUCAAGUUGCAAACCGUGCAUUUCAACCUUUAUUUGAGAGGCAGGCACAAGCAGAGAAAAUUAGAUCAGUUCAAGGAAUGCUUCAGAGGUUCCGGACUCUUUUUAAUCUGCCAAGUACAAUUCGUGGGAGCAUUGCCAAGGGUGAAUAUGAUUUAGCAGUUAGAGAGUAUAGAAAAGCAAAGUCAAUUGUCCUUCCUUCUCAUGUUGGUAUACUGAAGCGUGUACUUGAGGAAGUAGAAAAAGUAAUGCAAGAAUUUAGGAUGAUGCUUUUCAAAUCAAUGGAAGAUCCUGAGCUUGACUUAGCUGACCUUGAAAAUAUUGUUAGGCUACUUUUGGAGUUGGAGCCCAGUUCAGAUCCUGUCUGGCGGUAUCUUAACAUUCAGAAUCGGAGGAUUAAAAGUUUGCUUGAAAAGUGCACUUCAAAUCAUGAGGCUCAAAUGGAAAUGUUGCAUAAUAAGAUUCGAGACAGAUCCAAAUCUGAUGCAAGAUGGAGGCAACUUCAAGAAGACUCUACUAAAUUGCUAGACUCAGAGUCAUCCUUGGAAUACUCUUCUGAAAUGGAGUCACAUCUAAUUAGAGAAGAAAUGGACAUUUUGAGAGGAAGAUACAUCAAUAUGUUGAACACUGUUGUAAUCCAUCAUAUACCACCAUUUUGGAGAUUAGCUUUAUCUGUUUUCAGUGGGAAAUUUGCUAAGGUGACCCCUGGUGGCAGGGUCCUUGAUACAGAUACAAGUUUCAAACCCCCCUCUAGUAAGAAUGAGGAGAAAGAUGGUGACAUUAAGUAUUCAACUCAUGCUCUUGAGGAGGUUACAUUAAUGCUUCAUGGCACUAUAUCUGCAUUUGAGGCAAAGGUCCAAAGCACAUUCAGGGAUUUUGAUGAAUCGAACAUUCUGCGGUCUUUCAUGAAUGAUGCUAUAGUUGAAAUUGCUAAAACAUGUCAGGCAUUAGAAGGAAAAGAGUCUGCCCCACCAGCUGCUGUUAGAGCAUUGCAUGGCCUCUACUUUGAUAUCACAAAGAUUUACAUCUUGCGGCUCUGUACCUGGAUGAGAGCAACUACCAAGGAGAUUUCUCCAGAUGAAAUGUGGAGUCCUUUAACUACUCUAGAGCGUAACAAAUCUCCUUAUACAAUUUCUUGCUUGCCCCUUGUGUUUCAAUCAACAAUCAUAUCAGCUAUGGAUCGUAUUGAUAAUUUGAUUGAGAGUCUGAAGAAUGAAACAAUCAAGUAUCAGCAUGUGUCAGAACAUAUUCAAGAAAUUCAAGAAUCAGUAAGACUUGCAUUUCUGAACUCUUUCUUGGGUUUUGCAGGUUACCUUGAGCGAAUUGGUAGUGAACUUUCUCAAUGGAUAUCAAAUAAAGAGAAUAACCCUCUUCAAAAUGGGUAUCUGCACAAUAUUGAGAAAGAAUUAUCUACUUCAGAUGGUGGUUGUGCUGCUCCACUUUCUGAUUUCCACCGGAAGCUACUUAUAGUUUUGAGUAACAUUGGAUACUGUAAAGAUGAGCUUUCCCAUGGUCUGUACUGUAGGUACAAGCAUGUGUGGCUACAACACAGGGAUGAUGAUGAACAAAAUGCUGACAUGCGAGACCUAGUGACAUCAUUUUCUGCACUCGAGGAGAAAGUACUUGGACAAUAUACAUGCGCUAAGUCAGAUUUAAUCAGGGAUGCUGCUCAGAUCUAUCUUUUUGGUUCUGGCAUUCAAUGGGGAGGUGCACCUACUGUUAAGGGUAUCCGAGAUGCAACAGUUGAUCUACUUCACAUCCUUGUGGGAGUACAUGCAGAGGUCUCCAAUGGUGCUAAACCUUUGUUGGAGAAGAUAGUAGGCAUAUUAGUGGAAGGUCUGAUUGACACUUAUAUUAGCCUUUUCAAUGAAAACAAAAGUAAAGAUUUUAAAGUGUUGUAUACAAAUGGUUUCUGUCAGCUAAUGAUUGAGGUUGAAUAUUUUGAAACUGUUUUGAGUGCUUAUUUCUCUCCCCAAGCCCAUGAAGCUUUGAAGAAUUUGCAAGGAUUGCUUUUAGAUAAAGCUUGUGAGAGUGUUUCUGAGCCUACAGAAAAUCCUGGGCACCAACGUAGAUCUACCCGUGGGAGUGAAGAUGCCUUAGCUGACGAUAGACAGUCCAAUAUUUCCCCAGAUGACUUACUUGCACUAGCACAGCAGUAUAGUUCGGAGCUACUUGAGGCGGAACUCGAAAGGACUCGUUUGAAUAUAAUAUGCUUUAUGGAGUCCUCUCUUCAUCCAACAACUAUCACGGGGCCCCCAAAACCUGCUUAUUCUUCACUCCAAGGGCAUGUUGAUUCUCCAAAUUACAGGAGGCAUCUGACUGUAGGGUCUCCUGCCUACUCUCGGCAAAGACGCAAAUAAAGGUUGGCAGGGAAGCAAAGUUUUCUGAGUUCUUCCCAUUUUUUAUUUCUUUCCUUUUCUUUUCUUAUAUGGUUGAAUUCUAGGUUAUGUUAUUCUGUAUAGUAGUGGGUGGUGAUACUUGGGUUAUUCUUUUGGGUGUUUGUAAUUUUGGGUUGGAAACAGUCAGCAUUUUUUUUUAUCAUUUAAAAUGGUGGAACAUUGUCAAUCUCUUUCUAUUGGGAUUAGAUUUCCUCCAUUGAUUUACAGAGUAAUCACCCAGAGUAAUUCAGAUGAAUGAGAGGGGGUGAUAAGAUCUUUAUUUUUUUGCUGAGGACAUGUACAGUGUACUUUCACUUUCCUUUUAUAUUUUCAUUUAAAGCCCAUGAUUUAUGUAAUCUGAUUUGGUGUUUCAUCAAAGCGAUAAUUUGUA